AGAACAAAUCACUGAGAACAAGUGGGUGGUUGUGACUUAAACUCUCCCACCCAGACCUUUGUGGGACCUGAGAGGAAAAGUGGGGGCAGCUACUUGCCUUUGUUUUAGAAGUAAACCCACUGUUGCAGUCAGUCCCCAUCAAUCAGAUCUACUCAGUUGUGCCUUGAUUUCUCUGGCUGAGAAGUAUCUCUGAUCCUCCUCGAUGAAUCUCUGGAGCCUUUCUGCAGGAGCCACGCAUUGAAGGACCAUCUGGGUGUCCCAGAAGCCAUUCUAGGCAUGGCAGAGAAUACUCACACCAGCCUGUGCCUCAAUGUGAAGCCCUUGAUGGAGAAAAUGAUCCGCUUGAAGGAAAAUAGCCUCAGCUGGAAGGUGGCCAGUCAAGCUUUCUCCAGCUCCCAGCUGCAGAUGCCUAGAAGAACAGUGCCCCAGUCUUCAGGAGAAGCCAGUGCCUCCAGUUGCUGGUGGUGGGGCAGAUUCUUCAAGAUGGGGGCUCCCCGAGGACCUCGGAGGAAGAAGGCUAAGAAGCACCGACGCCAGAGCAAGCAAGGGAAGAAGGAGAGGGGCCCGUGGGUCCAUCCGUCCUUCCGGAGGCUCUUUAAGCUGUUCAGCACCUGGAGGAGAGGCCACACGAAGCGUUCCGAUGAAGGGGAGAAACUGGAAGAGAUUCCCCUCCUGGUGCUGGAUGGGUCGGGUGAGAAGGAUUAGGCAGCCACUCUCUCCCUGGAGCGGCAAAGGAGAGCUGGCUCUUCUCCAUCAGCAUAGAGGUCCUCAAUGGGACUGCCUUCUCCUUGGCUCAGAUGUAGCUUUCCUUUCUGUUUUAUUUGGGGUUUGGGGGGAGUUUAGAUGGGUGGAGAGAGACACGAAAACAAUAAAGGACACAAAAUGA